AUGGAAGAUUUUUCCCAGGAGAUGGAUGAUUCCUUGUCAUCCCCAUUUAGCCUAUCAGUGGGUUCUCUGGGUGUUCCACAACAUUUGAGGAAUUUUGUUAAGGUAGGAAAGGAUUUUUCCCUUCCUAAGGGUACGAAAAAGGAGGUGAGUGAUUCUAAGAAUUAUGCGCGUAUUCCGCCAGUGUCUCCAGUUCUAGAUAAAACGAGGUUCCCCGGUGUUACAGAAACAUUGAUUCAAAGGGAGGGGAAUUGUAAAAGAGGGUCAAGGGUUAAGAAAACUCCUGAGUAUUUAAAGGACUAUAUCACUCCUAUAUGUUGUAUUUCCAGGAGUAUGGAUGGCAUCAACUGGGGAGAAGGGGAGCGAAAAUCGCGAUCUCGUUCCCGCCAGCGAGAAAAUCGGCGGAAGGCCAGAAGGGAAUAUGCGUGGGGCAUAGAAGCUUGGCAGAGAGACACUGGACAUGUAUCGAGCAUUGGAAGGGGACGAGGACUUUAUAACUAUGCCCAAUCACAGGAAACUCUUGAGCGUCCUAGGAAGAUUGACUCUAGGGCUAAUAGAACCCGACCAGUCUCCCGGGAAUCUCUACCCUCCCGUAGUUCUUACACCACACAGGAUUCGUACAGGCCCGUCCGAGGACAAUGGACUCUACAAGCACCAUCCACCCUUCCUGCAACUCAGAAUCAUUCGGAAAAUCCAUACCUUCCUCUGUGCCCCACCCAAACACCAGUCAUCACUUACGUAAACCCCACCACAAAACCAGAAGCGUCGUCCAACAGCUUUACUCAGUAUCAGACUAAUCAGUCACAAAACUCUAGUUGGGAUAACCUAUCAUUGCUUGAUUUAGGGAGUGCUGUUGGUGAGGAACUGGAAUCUCUAUCUAGUGCCCAAGAUAUAGGCAUUUUAAAGGAUGUGCUAAGUGAGGGAUUAGGAUCCCUAGUAAGCCCAUCAGGUACAGAUAUUAACAAGGACGUUGUCGACGGGGGUAUUAAAUCCUUAAACAACCCGACAGACACUGACAUUCAAAAGAAGGAACUCAAAGUGUCCAUUGCCCUAAAUACCGUCUCUGUCCCUUCCAAAGAGAAAGCUAAACCUGUACUGAAAACGGAUGAUGAAGUAAUACCCGAAACUGGAGGAUUGGCAUGUGGCCAUUGUCAAAAGACAUUUAAGCGUCGUUCCUCUCUGGCUAUUCACAUUAAGGACAAUAUAAAGGGGGCACAAAGAGGAUCCAGAACCGAAACCUAAAGGGGGAGCGGGAUGGGUCGAAAUCCAUGUGAGAGUCAAGGAUGAGGAUGGAGAAAUAAAAAAGGAAAAGACCCAUACCAUUCUGUUGGGCUAGUUAAUAAGCUCUUAGAGACAGGACAAGAACAUUUCCAUUUGUAUUAACAAGUGUAAAGUGAGUUAUCAGUGGAUGUUAGUUGGAACAGUAUUAUCAUAUCUAAACGUUUUAAACUAAGACAUUAACAUUUAAAACAGUAUUAAUUGGAUUUUUUUUAGUUAUCCAAUUGGAAGAGACUUACUAAAGAUUAAAGUUUCUACAGUAUAAUUCUAUCAGAAAUCUUCGGAACUAAGAUAUUAGCAUUUCGAUCAGUUUUACGUUCUUACUCUCAUAUUGAUUGAGUUAAUCGUGGAUUUAAGUAGUGACAGUACUAUAUAUAUCUUAAGUGUUUUACUGUUAAAGAGAUGUUUUGACAAUACAG